UCCCUUUCUCUUCACAGUCCUUUACUUUCUUUCGGCAGAAAUGGCUUCUUUUCUCACUGUCCUAUGCCUAUCUUCCUUUUUCUUCCCCUCUGUUAUCAUGGGUGCUCCACCAAGGACACCCAUAGAUGUGCCAUUUCAAAGGAACUACAUGCCCACAUGGGCCUUUGAUCACAUCAAAUACUUCAACGGUGGUACUGAAGUCCAACUCACUUUGGAUAAAUACACAGGGACUGGAUUUCAAUCCAAGGGCUCUUAUCUGUUUGGCCACUUCAGCAUGAGAAUAAAGAUGGUACCAGGAGAUUCAGCUGGAACAGUAACUGCAUACUAUCUUUCUUCUCAGAACUCAGAGCAUGAUGAGAUAGACUUCGAGUUCUUGGGCAACAGGACCAAUCAGCCCUACAUUCUACAGACCAAUGUCUUUACAGGAGGGAAAGGAGAUAGAGAACAGAGGAUUUUUCUGUGGUUUGAUCCUACAAAAGACUACCAUUCCUACUCAAUCCUGUGGAACAUGUAUCAGAUAGUAUUCUUUGUAGAUGACGUCCCCAUCAGAGUAUUCAAGAACUGCAAGGACUUGGGCGUCAGAUUCCCAUUCAAUCAGCCCAUGAAGCUGUACUCGAGCCUGUGGAACGCUGAUGACUGGGCCACGAGAGGUGGGCUCGAGAAGACUGACUGGAGCAAGGCCCCAUUCGUCGCGUCGUACAGAGGCUUCCACAUCGACGGCUGUGAGGCGUCGGUGAGGGCCACUUUCUGUGCCACGCAGGGCAAGCGGUGGUGGGACCAGAAGGAGUUCCAGGACCUUGAUGGGCUGCAGUACAGCAAGCUGAGCUGGGUCCGCCAGAAGUACACCAUAUACAACUAUUGUACCGACAGGUCUAGGAUCCAUACAAUGCCGCCUGAAUGCCAGAGGGACAGAGAUGUAUAGGCCCCACUUAAGAGACUGUGGGUGUGGCCCCCACCUCUUAUUGUCUUUUAGUAUAUGAUUCAAUGGAAUAUUAUGGCCUGUUCUGAGUUUGGUACACCUUAGAGUGUUAGCAGUGCCCAGUACAUGCGUGCCCAUCCAGACCGUCCAAAUUGUGGCCCCAUAAAAAAAUCACUUUCUUUGGACAAUCUUACCAGCCGAUUUUUUAUGUUCAAUUUGGACUGUUGAAAAUUUGGUUGGAUGGUGAGGAUCAUCUAAGAUGGGUCCCAGGGUAUGGAUGUUACGGAUUGAUGCGCAUGUAUGAUGUGCUGCGGCUCCCUUACGUGUGCCAAGCUCAAAUUAUAGUCUUACCUCCCGUGGGUCGUAUUUAUUUAUUUUUCUUUUAUUAUGUUUUAUCAUCGGUUUGGAUUGUCAUUCUAGUGUUGUAUGGUCGGAUAUUAUAGAUUUUUAUAAGAUUAUUGUGGGGUAUUUAUUUUUA